CAUGGUGAAGCAUGUGCAAGUCCCUGCACAGCAAGGGAAGGAGAAGGAUUUUCUGGAGGGGAAAAGGAAGAUGGGAGGGCUUACGGUAAACAAAGAGCCCAAGGCUUUUCACUGGCUGAGUUCUUGCCUGGAAAGAAGAGCAGUCUUUCUACCUUUUGGGCUCUGCUGUUGUUUCAGGGUGUGAGAGCUCCCCCUUCUGGUCUCCGGAUUGUAUUUAAUUGGGGUUUUUGUUUUUUACAGGUCCUUAGCCUGGGUAUUGGGGUAGUCUCCAUGUCCAAAACAGCAGAGACUGGACUCUCCAUGGCUACACUAAAGCAAGUCACAGCUGCCGCGCUUAUUAACGGGCCCAACUUUAUUCUUGACAUUCCACAGGUAUAUCAUGGUCACAUAAAUCAGCUCUGGCCAUUCUCUCCUCAUUCACUAUCCAUCAGUACCUUAGGAUUAGUAGAGUUACAGCACAUUUUUGAGGAUACUAGAGCUGAAGCCAGUGAGACAUUUUUUCUCCCCAUUGAAAAGUCCCAGGGACAUUUCCUCUUCAUUGUGGGAGAAGAAGAUAUGAAUGUCAACAGCAAAGUAUAUGCAGAGCAAGCCAUAGAACAGCUGAGGAGACAUGGGAAGAACGACUGGACCCUGCUGUCUUACCCAGGGAUAGGCCACCUGAUAGAGCCCCCCUACUCCCCACUGUGCUGUGCCUGGAGGAUCUCCAAUCUCCACCUCUUCAUGCACUGGGGAGGAGAGGUGAUCCCACAUGUAGCUGCACAAGAACGUUCUUGGAAGGAGAUCCAGAAGUUUCUCGGGAAACACCUUAUUCCAGUUGUGACCAGUUGUCUCUGAGAAGAGCAAAUAUUUCUGGAAAUACAGAAGCAAUAGGAUGCUUUACCAGCCUCCACUUGAUUUUCAUGGAACAAUGCUUUUGACCUCUUCUUGUAAGAAGGAAGUUAUGGCAAGAGAAGGCAGGAGGACUGCGAAUGGUAUGCUUUGACUUUGGAAAGGGAAAAAUGGCUUCCUCUUAAUCUAAUAUCAUAAACUGAGGCGUUUAUGUUUUUAGAAAUAUAAACUUAGAGCUCUGCCUGUUCUAAAAUAUUUCAGUUUACAUUUACAGCAAUUCUUAGGGAAAAAAAUUACCAAAAUUGAACCAUAGAAUCCCCUGGCUUGUAAAACAAUCAUGAAUAGAAUCAGGUGCUGAUGAGUGAUUUCUUCUUUAUUUUUAAAUUUAUUUAUUUUAUUUUAUUUAUUUUUGGCUGCAUUGGGUCUUCGUUGCUGUGCGCGGGUUUUCUGUAGUUGUGGCGAGCAGAGGCUACUCUUUUUGGUGGUGCGCUGGCCUCUCAUUGUGGUGGCUUCUGUCACUGCCAGGCACAGACUCUAAGCACGUGGGCUUCAGUAGUUGUGGCUCGCGACCUCUAUAGCACAGGCUCAGUAGUCUGGCACACAGGCUUGGUUGCUCUGCGGCAUGUGGAAUCUUCCAGGAUUAGUGCUUGAACAUGUGUCCCCUGCGUUGGCAGGUGGAUUCUUUUUUAUUUUUUUUUAUGGUUUUCUACUCUUUUUGUGUGUGUGUGUAUAUUCACUUUUUUUUUAUCAUCUUUAUUGGAGUAUAAUUGCUUUACAAUGGUGAGUUUCUGCUGUACAACAGUGAAUCAGCUAUACAUAUACAUAUACAUAUAUCUCCUCCCUCUUGCGUCUCCCUCCCACCCUCCCUAUCCCACCCCUCUAGGUGGUCACAAAGCAUGGAGCUGGUCUCCCCAUGUGAAGCAGCUGCUUCCCACUAGCUAUUUUACAUUUGGUAGUGUAUGUAUGUCCAUGCCACUCUCUCACUUCGUCCCAGCUUACCCUUCCCCCUCCCCAUAUCCUCAAGUCCAUUCUCUAUGUCUGCGUGUUUAUUUCUGUCCACCCCAGAUUCCAUAUAUAUGUGUUAGCAUACAGUAUUUGUUUUUCUCUUUCUGACUUAUUUCACUCUGUAUGACAGACUCUAGGUCCAUCUACCUCACUACAAAUAGCUGAAUUCCUUAGAUAGGAUGUAAUGAGUGACGGUGUCUGUGUUCCAGUUAAAUUUUAUUUAUGAACACCAAUGUUCAUAAAUAAUCUUCUAUUUUUUUCUAAGUGUUUACAAAUGUAAAAACCAUUCUUAGGGGCUUCCCUGGUGGCGCAGUGGUUGAGAGUCCGCCUGCCGUUGCAGGGGACAGGGGUUCGUGACCCGGUCCGGGAAGAUCCCACAUGCCGCGGAGCGGCUGGGCCCGUGAGCCAUGGCCGCUGAGCCUGCGCGUCCGGAGCCUGUGCUCUGCAACGGGAGAGGCCACAACAGUGAGAGGACCGCGUACCGCAAAACAAAAAAACAAAAAUCAUUCUUAGUUCUGGGCAGCAGAAAAAAGGGUUGUAGGCUGGAUUUGGUUUGCAGGGCAUAGUCUGAUGACCAUGGGUAUGGAGCAAUGCCAAUCACUUUGUCCAAGGUCAAAUUGGAGGUAUGUUCUCUAAAGGGCAAGUCACAGGCCAGAUAUUCCUGAGCUACUGAAUUGCAAUGGAUCGAAGUAGAGGAGAUUGAUGGAUAAUCAAGGUGAAAAUGAAGCAGUACAAAAGUAUUUUGAAUCAUUUUGUAGGUAUGAUGGGGAGCCAAUAAAUAGAGUAAUAGAAGCAACAUGAGGACACUUCAGUUUUAUCUGCCUAAACUCUUAUUAUUUUAUCUGCUUUCUGAUACCCUCUCUGUUUAGAGUAAAAUUAUUCCAUUCAAUAUGUGUGGGGCUGUUAGCCUCCCUCCUCUCUCAGUCACAGAAGUUUUCACUUUUCUGAGACCUGGCCAAUCAGAAUACCUCACUCCUUUAAUUAUAAUAAUCAUGUAAUUGCAAUGGCUAAUACCCUCUAUGAGUUUUACUAUGUAUUAGUUAUAUAUGUUACAUGCUAUAUAUAUUAGUUAUAUAUGCAAUAUGCAAUAUAAUAGUUAUCGUAAUGAGUAUAAUCAGUAUAAUUUUUCUUGUUUCCUGUUUUGGACUUUAGGAAGAAUGUUGGUGUUUGGCCUGCUAUAUAUCCUUGAUUUAUAUUUUAUGUAUUUUUCUUUUAAACCAGGAAGAUUUGGGAUUUUUUAAGUGUUUUUUCAGCAUUGCUAGAAAAAAUUAUAUGGUUUUCUCUGUAGAUCUAUUAAUAUGAUGAAUUAUUUUUCUAGUAUUGAAUCAUCUUUACAUUUGUAGACUAAAACUCAGUUGGUCAUGAUGUAUUGUUAAUUAACAGUAAAUAAAAUCAAACUUUUUUUGUGGGGUGUUUUUGGUCAGGUAUUAUAUCAAUGUUGUACGUGUUUCAUAAAAAGAAUUAAAAAGUUUUCCUUUUUUCCUAUAGUAGUUUAAUUAGGACAGAAAUUAUCUCUUCUUUAAAAGCUAGUUGCUCUAUCCUGGGUAUUACAUUGUUCCUGGCAAUUUUUUUUAAAAGACAACCUGGAUUUUUAUUGAU